AUGGGUCGUGUCAGGACUAAGACCGUCAAAAAAGCAGCGAAAAUCAUCAUUGAGAAGUAUUACACUAAGUUAACUCUUGAUUUUGAUACAAACAAGAGAAUAUGUGAGGAAAUUGCUAUCAUCCCAACUAAGCCUCUUCGUAAUAAAAUUGCUGGGUUUGCCACCCAUUUAAUGAGACGUCUCAGACAUUCCCAAGUUCGUGGUAUCUCCAUUAAACUGCAGGAGGAGGAGCGUGAAAGGCGUGACAACUAUGUUCCAGAAGUGUCUGCUUUGGAACACGACAUUAUUGAAGUAGAUCCUGACACUAAGGAAAUGUUGAAAAUGCUUGACUUCAACAACAUUAAUGGUCUUCAACUCACCCAACCUGCUACACAGGGUGGAUAUGGUGGCAGACGUAAU